GUGUCUCUUCUUUCCAAGCUCCUUAAACUAUGAUGACCUGGAUGACUGAGAACCUUCAUAGACAUAUCAGCAUGGACUGGUUUUUUAGUUACACAAAGCAAAUAAAGGACUGGUGCACCGCAGGUUUUGCCUCAUCUUGCCACCGCCUUCAAGCUGGACUCAAGUUUAUAAAGAUCCCAUGUCAAAGUAUUGUGGUUACUUAAUUUGUCUUUUUGAGAUGAAGUGCAGCUUCUUUCAGAGUGUUUAAGGAGGCCAGAUGCAAAUAAAAUUGUUCUUUAGUGUUUAAUCCUGUAAAACUUCUUGGGUACUCUGCUGUUUCUACUUUUCUGCUUACUGUCAUUAAUAGUGUUUCAUGCUCUUUACAGCUCUCCAUGUGAUCGGUGGAAGUGUGAAAGUGGUUCAAGGAGGUACUGCUAUUUUACCGUGUUAUGUCACUGAUACCAAUGAUGACCUGACACAGAUUUCCUGGCAGAGGAGGACAAGAGAAAACCCUCGUAAUUACAUUUUUUUUACUGCUUCUUACUCAGACGGAGACAGACCACAGUUUUUCAAUGAACAAUUUAAAUUUAUUGGCAAUUUUAAAGACAAAAAUGGAACUCUCCAGUUAUUCAAUGUUACCCUGAAGGAUGAAGGCAGCUACACGUGCAUCUUCACCUUGGUUCCCAGUGGAAAUCAGAAGACUGAGAUGCCUCUAAAAGUUUUUGUGCCUCCUUUCACAAGUGUCAAGGACAACCUUCCGACUUUGGGCACAGAAGAGGUUUUAUUUGCUACCUGCACAGCUGCGGGAUCCAGGCCUCCUGCAGAGGUGAGGUGGCUCACUGGUGCUUUGGCAGACAGAGUGAGGACGACAAGAAAUUACAUCCAUUAUGACAACGGUAUGACUACCACCGUCAGCUCUCUGUUUGGUGUACCUACGGGAGAUAUUAACGGUCACAAGGUCCAGUGUGUCAUCAGCGGUGACUCCCUGUCUAAAGAAGAAACCCUGCCCUUCACCAUACAGAUCUACUUCUCUCCCAGAGAAGUGAACAUUAAAGCCAUUUCAGGGGACUCAUUUGAGUGUGUGACAGAAGCCAACCCAAAUGCAAACUUUACCUGGAGCAGAUCUGGACAGUCUUUACUGCAGUCUGCUGUCAGAGUAGAGGGUGCAAAGCUACAACUGCUGAGUCUGACUUCUGAUCUAAAUGGCCUCUAUCAGUGUGAAGCAUCUAACAAAUAUGGAAGAAAACAUGGUCAGCUCUAUGUGCAUGUGCCAUCAGGUGAGGAGCAUGCUCUGCUGCUUGGGCCUUAUUUGGUGUUUUGCUUUUCCUGGAUGUCAUUGGAGCUGCAGCAUGGUGCUUUUAUGCUGCAUGGUUGCAUUUAAAAGAAACAAGAUUGUCCAAAGUGUUUUGCGAGUUUCUGCAAAUUCUGUUGAAAUCGUUCAAACUUUUAAACAAAUUCCCUGACAACUGUGGAAGCAAAAGGUUGACAACAUCUAGAAUGAAGGCUCCACUAAUAUGUCAUCCCAGACUCAGCUGCCUAAUGAACACAUGAAGAACAGGUGGAGGUACUUGGUGCCUUUUUAUAUUCCUGCUAUUUAAUUUGUUUUUUCCAAGUUUUUGUUGAAAUUUCUUUUUUGCUGUUAACCUGCUUUCAUCAGCAGUUUACUGUUGACAGCAGUGGUAUUAAUGUGGUUACUGUGAAUUCAGAUAUGAGUAGAGAUCUUCCUGCUGCUAUUUAUGAACUGAGUCAAAAACAUAUGUCAUCAGCUGUGACAGCAUGGCACUGCCUAUGAGAUCACCUAAAAAUACAAGUUAACUUGUUAACAUGUUAGUGCCUCAAAACAUACUUUAAAAAGAAGAAAAAAAGGGAACAGAGAAUGUAAUGGGCUGAAAGGAAUGCUGAAGUUGGAAAAUGGCAAAUAGACCCAAUAAAAUGGAUCUGCAAGGCCAGUAAUGUUGUGGGGAUGAAGGUGGACUGCGUUAAGCUGAUGGCAGAGAGACAGAUGAUGUCUAAGAUGAGGACGAUGCUGGACAAUACCACCCACUCCUUGACGUGCUGAUCAGUCACAGGAGCACGUUUGGUGAGAGACUAAGACUACCCAUAAUGCACCACUGAAUGACACAGGAAAUCAUUCCUGCUUUUGUCUGUCUCCCCCCAUUUAAUGCACAGCUUACACUGUACCCGUUUCCACAUCCUCUACAGUGAAAUAACAAAUAACAAAGUUUUACAGUUUAGAGUCAACCAUCUAUAUUUAAUCUCUUUAAUAUUCUGGAUAUUUAUAAUUGACCUAUGUGGAUAUAUUAGAGGAUUUGUUUUGUUUGUUUUGUAGCUUUGUAAUAUAUUGUAUUAUUUAAUUUACUCCAGUUUGUUACUGUUCUUAUUGUCUUGGAGCAACAGUCACCACAUAAUUUCCUUAGGGAUUAAUAAAGUAUUCCGAUUAAAGAGAAGUACAACUAGAGGCUUAUUGUUUUCUGGAAAAGGUGAAUUGAGACUAGGUAUGCUGUAUGAUAGUGGGACUGACUGAUGUGACUUUGACCGAACCUUGACUGACAGAUCAAGGUUCAGAUCAUUCAUUGAUCUUCUACUCUAAAUGUCACAUUUAUGUUCUAUGUUACGGUAAUGACAAUAUGAAGGAUUGAUUGUAGUUCAAAAGAGUUAUGCACAAAUCAGUCAAGCAUUUGAUUGGUCUGUUCUGAAUCCCACCUCUUUAUAUGGCCGCUAAUAUCCAUUGACAUGAAAUAUCGUUUUUUUUUAAUGAUACUUUUACUUGACUGUGUACAAUAUAUACAGGGGACAUUGUUUCUAAAUACUUUAUGUUCAAUAUGAGGGAAUUACAUGACAGAAAACUUCCAGUAAAUGUUGCGUAUAUGCAGUGAUGUAGUGAUAACAAUUAUUUUUACACUACAGUGACAAGUUAAAUAUAUAUGGUUCAAUAUACUUUGUAGUAAAGUAAUGCAGUUACAAGUUAAAUAAGAUAUUUUGAUCUUUGAAGACUUUUGUCAGUGUUGGAGGAACUGAGUUCAUAACCAAACAGACUAUUUCACUGAUUGAUGUUAGAAUAUAGAGACAUUUAACAAUUAUCUUUUUUCAUAUGUUUUACAUAUGAUGUUCCUACAACUGAUAUGAAUUCAUUUUGUAUUGUUAAAGCUGUAUGUUUCAACUGAAACUGACGUGUACUGUAACUGAAAAAAGCAUUUUUCAUGUCUGUGAUGACACUAAAACAACUGUAUUUUAAGUCAGUCCAUUAAAUAAAAUGAAUGCUGUGUCAAAAA